AGAACAUGAAACAAUGGAAAGAACUGUUAAUCCAGGUGCUUUCUAACUUUAUGUUUUACGCAUGAUUUUGACUAUCUUGUUCCGUUGUUCCAUGUCAGUUAUCAAAUAUUUCUAAAAAAGAUGUCACGUUCUAACUUUUGAAAAUAUUCUAAUAAAAAUUGGGUUAGUUUAAGUAUUAUUGAAAUAUAUCGAUAAAAGUUUGGUGCAAGAUGUGGCUGGAAGUUGACGAAAUAUUUAAAAACUACCUACCAUAUUAUUUCCUUGUAUUCCUCCCGAUUUUUAUAAUAGUCUCCCCGGUAAAUCCCGUUUAUGGGGCAUCUGAAUUUCCCGUUUACCGGAUGCAGCAUUAUGACUUACACGGCGUUUCUCAUGGAUGCAGAAGUGCUGCAGUGAACCUAGAAGCAAAGUCUCUAACAGGAUGGACUACAUCUAGACAUUGUGUAGUGACAAGACUUAAAGAUAUAACAGUAGACCAUUUUCGCAACAUCAAAUCAAAGGCUGGGGCAUUAUUAGUAAUGCUGCCGGAGAACUGGAGGAACCUAUCUCUGGAGGAUAAGCAGAACUACAUGGUGCUAGAAAAUUCCAUGCUGAUCCAAGAUGUUCCUGUACCUAUAUAUUUUGCUGAAUAUUCUCCCAGACUGGAUUCCAUCAUCAGUGAAUUGUCUUAUAGCAUUAAUGCAGAUGACAUGACUAAAUCAUCAACAGAAGCAUUGAUGAGCUCAGUAGCAGCAAAUGGGUAUCAAAUAUCAGUAUCUGUAGGCACCCCAACAGCUCAAAAUGAUGCAAAGAUUGCCACUAUUCAAGGAUACUUGCCUGGAUACAGUUUGGAUGGUAUAACACCUACAAUUGCAAUUGUUGCACAUUAUGAUAGCUUUGGAGUUGUGCCAGAGCUCUCAUUUGGUGCAGAUUCAAAUGGUUCAGGUGUAGCUAUUCUUCUUGAACUAGUCAGGAUUUUUUCAAAUUUAUAUGCUGAUGCUAAAACCCGCGGAAAACAUAACAUAUUAUUUCUUCUAACUGGAGGUGGAAAAAUUAAUUAUCAAGGCAGCAAAAAAUGGCUGGAGGAGCAGCUUGAUUUGUUAGAUGGAUCUAUGAUUCAAGAUGCUGCAUAUGUCAUGUGCUUGGAUACACUUGCAUCAAAUAGUUCCAUUUACAUGCAUGUAUCUAAACCUCCAAAAGAUGGAUCACCUGCUUCAUUAGUAUUCAAGGAACUGAAAUCUGUGGCAGCUGAAGCAUUUCCACAUACUGGAGUUGAUGGUGUUCAUAAAAAGAUCAAUUUAGCAGAUGAUAUAUUAGGAUGGGAACAUGAAAGAUUUAGCAUCAGAAGGUUACCAGCAUUCACAUUAUCAUCUCUGAAGAAUCACAAGAAUUUUCAUAAGUCAACAAUAUUUGACACAAGAGAUAGCUUGGAUAUAAAAAUCAUGGCUGAUAAUUCAAAAAUUAUAGCAGAAGGAUUAGCUAGGCACAUAUAUGGAAUUUCAAUGGGAAAUGUAUUGGGGAAAUCAUGGGACACUAAUGAAACACACAUAGAAGGAUGGCUGAAUUACCUAUCAAAUCAACCUCGUUCGCCUCAACUUUUGAGCGAUAAAGACAAUGUUUUAGUGAAUAUAUUGAAAGAUGCAUUUAACAAAUAUUUGAGGGAUGUUAAGGUUUUGUAUGUUGUACCAGAUAAAAGGGAUCCAGAUUUUCAGUUCUACACGAUCACUAAUGGUAUUUUACAUGUUUGUAGUGUGAAGCCAGCAGUAUUUGACCUCAUCCUGACACUAGUGAUAAUAGUAUACCUAAUUGCAAUAUAUCUCUUCAUUGACAAGUUCCCCAUGUUAUACGCAUUUGUGAGUUCGUUAACAGAAAACAAGAAAGUUAAAGUUAAUUAAUAGCGCACCUUUUUAUUCUCACUUCUAUGUGUUCCUACAACUUUUUUAGUACAGUCUUUAUUGUUUUUGUUUCAGUAGAUUGUAUAAAAUAGAUCGCGUUUUGCCUCUCGAAUUAAUAUUCAAUUGAAUCGGUCAUUGCAAAAACCUCGCUAGUCACAUAACAUGAAUUUUUCAGUAGCCAAUAAUAAUAAAAAACCAGUUUUAAAAUAAUUUUUGAACUUAAUAUAGUAUUUGAGGCUCUGUAAAAUUUGAAUUUCGAGUAACCUUCACAGUUUGUUAAUAAUAAUAAUGGAAAAAGCCCUAUAACUGUUAUGGACUGCGUUGUUUUAGCAGGUUAGCGGUAUAUAACUUAAGCAAAAGAAUCAUAUUAAUCAUAUUUUUCGUUGCUUACUAAAAAGUAUGCUUAAAUAUCGACUAUAAUAUGCCACAUGUUUUAAUUUUGCGUGUAUAAUUUUUAAAGAAAUCUGGGCAAACCGAACACUGAAGCAACCAUUGAGAAAAAAUGUACGCAGACCUGUUCAUUCAACUUCCUCCAAUGAUUGAUGGUUGUAGAAGAAUCGCAUGCUUAUUUUACUGCAACAACGAAAUUGAUAUCAAUAUUGUAAGAUCGUGUAAUUCCAUCUUUAUAUUAUCUAUAUGAAAAGCUUUUCAGAAUAUUAAGCAAACAUUUUAAAGGGCUUUCUCAGUCAUACGAAUGAGGAUCAAGUCAAUGGUUUUGCUAGGAAACAAGAUAGCACAAAUGAUUAUGGCCCAAGCAUAUAAUGCCAUUAAGAUUAUUUUCAUAGUAAGUGAAUUUAUAAAUUUUGUCGCAAAUAGCACAUUAGUACGAAAAUAAAACAAAUCAAGGAUCCUGCCGCCGUGCUUGCAAAAACCACGUGAAUUCCGGACUUUGUGUUUGUUUUUGCACUGAACGUGUAUUACAUUGUAUGAUUUGAAGGAGAAUGAAUGUAGUAAUUCACGACGUUGUUUAACCGCAAAAGCAUCUACCUUUGUUUCUGGUAAUAAAUGUUGGAAAAAAUGGACUAGAGCGGUUUUCGAAAUGACCGAUUCAAUUGAUUGCUUUUCAACUAUCUCACGUUAACAAACUAGAUCCAUACUUGUUUACAAGUUUUGUAUUUAAUCUAUACAAUUCAGGUUUUUGAAGCUGAAACGUUUGUAAAAUAUGUUUUACGAGCAAAUAUUAGACCUUUACCUGGUAAUAAUUUGCAAUAAAUAUAUGAUUACUUAUAUGUAUUUUUAUGACCUACAAUGUAAAUAAAUAGAUCGAUG